AUGUCGUUAAAACAGGAAAUCGAGACAUGGGUUGAGGCCCUGAAAUUCUACGACAACAAUGAGUUCGACGAGGCGCUCAAGUCGUUUGACAGGGUCUCGGAUACGUCCAAGAUCCUGUUCAACAUGGGCGUCAUCAAUGCGACCCUCGGCCAGCACGAACAAGCAGUUGAGUGCUAUCAACGCGCCCUCAAGCUCGACCAGUACCUCGCCGUAGCGUAUUUCCAACAAGGAGUCUCCAACUUCCUCCUCGGCGACUUCGAAGAAGCACUAGCGAACUUCAACGACACCCUCCUCUACCUCCGCGGCAACUCACUGAUCGACUAUUCGCAGCUAGGCCUGCUGUUCAAGCUAUACUCCUGCGAAGUUCUGUUCAACCGUGGUCUGUGCUACAUCUACCUGGAGCAGAUGGAGACCGGUAUGCAGGAUUUGGAGUAUGCUAUUAAGGAGAAGGUGGUGGAGGACCACAACGUGAUUGAUGAUGCGAUCCAGGCCAAGGCGAAGGACUACACCGUUUUCUCGAUCCCUGUCGGCGUCGUCUACAGGCCAAAUGAAGCCAAAGUGCGGAACCUGCAACAAAAAGACUAUCUAGGAAAGGCACGGCUGGUAGCUGCUUCAGACCGCAACAAUGCCUUCACAGGCUUCUCUGGCACUGAGCUGAACAAGGCGAUCACCGUCGAGCCCAAGGAUGACAGGCCAGCCGAAUCCCUCUCCUUCGCCGCAAGCAACCUCGUCAAGCCCGGUCUCCAGAGCAGGAGACAACAAUCCGAGCCGCCAAAUGGCCGCAACGUCUUCCCGCCAACGCCACCUCCCGAGAACGAUAAGCCUGCGCCAAUGACCCGCGGGCAGUCGGUACGAAACGGGCCCAAGCCCAUCCCGAGCAGACUCAACCUCGAGAAAGUCCGGUCAAACGAACGCUACGAUAAGACAUCACCCGAGGAUGGGCGGCCAAGGCCGACGCGCUCUGCGUCAGCCGCGCCAUCUCGCGGCUUCUCUCAACGCGAGCCGCCACCGCGGAGAAGGAGGGACGAGGAAGAGGACGCUUACCCGGACGACGUCUACGACAUGUACGGCGAUGCUGGCGGCUCCCGGAGCAGCAGGUCACAAAAGAACAGCGGUCGGAUUCGAGAGCGAUACAUCGAGGAAGAGGACGAAGACGGCUCCGAUUACGACGAUGCCUCGUUCGACGAAGGCGAGUUCGAAAUGGUAUCGAACCGUCGGCCGGGACCGGGUUCUGUUAUGUCGGGCGCGUCGAAGAGGGGUUCAUCGAGACGGGACGCCCUUCGCACGAUCCGCGUAAAAGUGCACGCCGACGAUGUACGCUACAUCGUUGUUGGCCCCGCCAUCGAAUUCCCGGAUCUCGUUGAUCGGAUCCAGGACAAAUUUGGGCUACGCCGAAGAUUCAAGAUCAAAGUCAGAGACGAUGAUUCGCCCGAGGACAUGAUCACGAUGGGCGACCAGGACGAUCUCGACAUGGUCAUGAUGAGCGUCAAACAAGUCGCGAGGAAGCAGAGGACAGAUACAGGAAAGAUGGAGGUUUGGAUCCAAGAAAUAUAA